AUGCAUAAUGACCACGUGAACCCCAACGUCGGUUUGGGUCUUCUCCGCGCGUGUAGGAAAAUCUACCAUGAGGCGCACAAUCUGUUAUACACUCAAAAUACAAUCUACCUUGCUCCUACGCUGGACUUCUGGUUGGGCGCAGCAACUCGCCUCCCGCUGUACGUGUUGCGAAAUCUCCGACAUCUACUCAUUGUCAUCGCAUGUUAUCGCACAGAACAAGAGGACGAAGAGCCGGCGCAAGGAGAUCUGGGACUCCUUUCAGACAUGACCAGCUUGCAGAGCGUUCGUGUCUGCGUUAUCAGUCACGUUCACAAUUUUGGUCGAUUGCCCAUGCCGUUUCUCUCGACCGUCGUGGAGAGUGCUCCAGCGAGCUGCGAGAUUCUGCUCGGAUCGGAGAGCGAUGUGGAAAAGGCGUUUGCUAGCAAGUUCCUGAAGAAGGACUGGGAUGACGAGCUGGAUCCCAUUGAGAUCAACAAGAGUGAUCUUGAAGAGGAGAUGAAGAAGGUGAUGGCGGUGAAGGGCGCGAAGCCAGGGCAUACCAACCUGAAGCUGUGUCCAGCUGUGGAGUAUGAUCCUUUCUAUAAGGAUCCGAGGACAUAG